CAUGCAUAUGCAGUUAUAAAAACAUACUAUAUAUUAUGUUGCCUUGACAGUCAAUAUAAUACAUAAUCUACUGUACGUUGUAAAACUAUUAACAUCUUGAAAAUGUCACGUCCCGCACACAGAGUAGAGAAGCUGACGGCAAUCAAAGCAAAUGCCGACGCGCACAACUAUGUCAAGAAGAUCAACAUGCGCGCCGACGCCACGCCCGAAGAGAGAGCAAAACACCACAUCUUCGCAGAACACUCACCUGUGGUAGACAAGGUCGAGCCGGUUGCACAUCCUGUGGUAGUUGAGGGUACCGGGCACGUGGGAAACACGGAGUCGAAACUUGAACCUCAUAUAAAUAAUGGUCAUACCCAUCAUGUGAAUGAUGGGCUCACUAAAGGUGUCCCGAGUGGGCAUGCCAAUGCUGGAACUACCAAUCCCAAUUAUUAAAGAUUCUCAGCACUUAUUAAAUAUACCUUGUUUAAAUCAGAA